UAGUGGUUGUUCAUCUGCUAAACGUCCCAGGACUCACUCACUGCUCUCAGAGAAAGCAAACGCUGAGAUACACAGCAAGCAGCCUAAGUUUUUUCUGGCAUUUUCUAUUGCCAGUAGAUCAAACAAAUUCGGUUGUUACAGCAUCAUCACGAAAAUGAAUUGGACAUCAACAUCACCAGCAAUGAUGCUAUUGCUUUUGUUGCAUGCAACAGGCCUAGCUCAAGAACAAGCAACUGCAGGCGAAGAGUCUGUCGAGUUAUUGCCAUCAGAUGUUCCAAUGACUAUGAUGGAAAGGUUAACGCGGGGACAAGAUGCAGGAAUAAAGGAAUUUUUCAAUCUAAGGACGAGCUUGGGUACCAUUACUGGAGUGAAAGAGCCAACUCAACCUCCCCAUCAUCCAAACACGCACAUGCAUGCCUUCAGAGGUAUCCCAUAUGCAAAGGCCCCUGUCGGAGAUUUGCGUUUCGCAGACCCUGUAGACCUGGUGGGUCCUUGGCCAGGGAACUAUCUUAAUGCCAGUAAACUUGGGUCAUUCUGCCCUCAAUAUGAUGUGGAAAGCAAGAGUGUUUUGGGAAAUGAAGAUUGUCUUUUCCUCAAUGUUCAUACACCAUCCCACCUAGAUGAGGAAAACCGAGCAGAGGGCAGCCUCCUCCCAGUGUUUGUCUUUAUCCAUGGAGGUGCUUACAUCAGAGGGUCGUCGUCCCCCCACGGAGCUGGAAAACUCCUUUCUAGGGAUGUCAUUGUUGUUACCAUCAAUUAUCGUCUUGGAGCACUAGGGUACCUCAGCAUGGUGGAUUCAGUUCUGCCUGGUAAUUUUGGGAUGCUUGACCAAGUCUCGGCUCUCAGGUGGGUUCGGAGAAACAUUGCUCAGUUUGGAGGGGACCCAAACCAAGUCACAUUAGGAGGUUUCUCUGCUGGAGCUGCUUCUGUUCACCUUCACAUGCAUUCUCCCCUAUCCAAAGGCUUGUUUCACCGCACAAUAAUGUUCAGUGGAGCUGCUUCAUGCUUAUGGGCUUUGAGGAAUGAUCGGCGAGAUCCCUGCAAUACAGCACAAUUAUUGGCCCACAAAUUAGGAUGCCCUUCUGGAAAUUCGAAGGACUUACGGGAAUGCGUUGCCUCCAAGAGCUUCAAACAAAUCGUCAAAGCCCAGGGUUCAUUGUUUAAGUACGAAUUUAUCCCAAAUAUGUUUUUUGCUGUAAUUGAUGGAGGGCUUCGCCAUGCUCCCUUCCUCCCAGCACCUCUAAGGGAGUUAACACUUCGUCCAACACCCACAGUUAUAAGCUUUGUCCCCCAUGAAGGUCUGCUUUUCGCCAGUCUCAUGCUCAUACUGUCGAAGCAGCCACACAAUGCAACAGCUCUCUACAGUGAGUUGGCACGAUACGCCUUCAUACACUGGCCGGAUCCUGAAGCUGAAGAACUCGUGAAGGACUUGGCUGAAGCUUUUUAUUACAGCGAACAUGCCAAAACAUCUCGUGAUGUUUUAUUGGAACAACUCACAGAGGCAUUAACCGAUUACCAUUUUUUGGAUUGCGGUUGGGAGGCAGCUUCAACCAUUGCUGAAUCUGGAGCACCUGUUUACACUUCUGUCAUGACUCACCAUGACCCCAACACUCCAACAUGGUCAGGAUCCCUAUAUAAGAAACUGAAGAAGAUGGGAAUCAAGACAUCGGCUCUUGACACAUUUGUGUCCCAUGGUGAUGACCUCCUUUACCUCUUUGAUUUUCCUUACGUCCUCAAGGAAGAGUCCAGCAGAGAUCAGAGGGUGGGCCAGAUGAUUCUCCAGAUGUGGGCCAAUUUCAUCAUCACUGGAAAUCCUCAAGAAGACUUGGGUCGAUUUUAUUUGGGGGACAUUCCAAAAUGGGAACCUGUUGUACCUCACCAGCCUGUUGGCUACUACGAGAUAGCUGUUGAACCCUCCAUGGUACAUAGGCCCUUUAAUGUGAAGGAACUAAACUUCUGGAGGAAUAUAGUGCCAAAUCCAGAUUUACGGCAUGGCUUUCGCGCGAGUCAGAUUCUGCCAGAUGUCAACAAACAAACCAUUAUGGGUGAAUGCCGAUCCAACGAGCAUUGUGAUCUGUCGCCUUAAGAGAUCUGUCUUUAUGGUUGUUUAUAUUAUCGUAUUCUGCCAACAGCAACAAGAAGAAUCCAUUUCAAAAUAACGCACUACCAUCUCUAACAAUUUAUAGAUUAGUCGAUAUUCUUAUGUAAGGAUUCCUUGAGACUUGAGUUUUCUUCCUGUGAAAGAAAUCGCCUCCUUUAAUUCCCUUAUACAUUACUCGUAAUUAAAGCAAACGUAUUUGCCGUAAACAAUUCUUUUUAUAAAGAUUUUCAGUACAAGGUGAUAUUCAAUACCAUGUGCAUGAAUAGAAUAGCUCAGUGACACUAAUAAAUUUUACAACAGAAUAUUAGAGUUAAGAUUUUGGUGAACUGCACUCACAGACAUUAAAAUGAAGGAAAGUAAAAUUUUUAAGGCACUCUUUCUCUGGAAGGUCUAAGCAUCAUUCUUGGAUUAAUAGCUAGAUUGUAGUAACCAAUAGGAUGGCGGGGCUGAAGUGGUUCUCAUUUCAGAAUACCGGUUUUGCUGUAGUUCUCCAGGCCAUCUUGUGGAUCCCUGGGUUUUAGGAAACAAGAAUAAAAGGAAAAUUGGUCA